CAUUUCAGUUUGAGAGUUGGAUGUGCCGAGCGAAACAGGGUAUAUAAUAAUACAUAUGUUAUUAUUUUUUUUUUUAACAAAGAAGUUUGUAUAUAGAAGAAGAACGACUUUACAAGUUAUUUGCUGCUGCUUUCUGAGCAUAGAAAGUGUUGUAAAGUGUUCGAGUGGAGCGGCUCGAUGCGGGUUUGUGUUUUCCAAGCAGGAGCUUUUCUGUGGGACACAAAGUUUUUGUAUGAGUUGAGUCCGGAUCACGGACAGGAGUGAGGGCGAAACCAGGCCUGGAAAACACCCUGAAUUCAGACAUGGCUGGUCAUUUUGACGCUGAGGAUCGUGAGAGUUGGUAUUGGGGGCCUAUGGACCGUAAAGACGCUAUAUCGUUGCUGCAGGGUCAAAGACACGGGACGUUUUUGGUCAGAGACUCGACUACUAGCAAAGGGGACUAUGUGCUGUCUGUGUCGGAAAACUCCAAAGUCUCGCAUUAUAUCAUCAACAGCGCAAGCAACAACAGACAGUCUGGAACCGGUCUGGCUCCAUCUCGAUUCCGGAUCGGUGACCAGGAAUUCGACACUCUCCCAGGCCUGUUGGAGUUCUACAAAAUCCACUACUUGGACACCACAACGCUCAUCGAACCCGUCCCGGCACGCUCCAAGCACGCCAGCCUGAGCGGACCGGUGUCCACCGGUGUCCCUGCCAGACAAGACGAGUUCGAGUUUGUGCGUGCGCUCUUUGACUUCCCAGGCAACGAUGAGGAAGACCUGCCGUUCCGCAAAGGUGACGUGCUGCGUGUGAUCGAGAAGACUGAGGAGCAAUGGUGGAGCGCUCAGAAUGCGGAUGGACGCAAAGGCUUGAUCCCUGUGCCCUAUGUGGAGAAAUACAGACCUGCAUCACCGACCACUGUAGGUGGGGGUCCUGUAGGGCAGGUUGUGUCUGCUGUCAGUUCACUGGAAGACAAUGGAGCUCUGAUUCCUGGGAAGCUGGAUUACGCCCACCCUGUGGUCAACACACCACUGCCCAACCUCCAGAACGGGCCUGUGUUCGCCAGGGUCAUCCAGCGGAGGGUGCCCAAUGCAUAUGACAAGACUGCACUCACACUCGAGGUGGGUGACUUUGUGACGGUAACAAAGAUCAACGUGAACGGCCAGUGGGAAGGAGAGUGCAAGGGAAAGAAAGGCCACUUCCCCUUCACACACGUUCGCCUGCUCGACCAGCAACAGUCUAUGGAUGAGAGCUGAGACACACUCUCUCUCUCUCUCUCUCUCUCUCUCUCUCUCUCUCUCUCUCUCUCUCUCUCUCUCUAUGCUACAGUUUUUUACACAUUUUUUUUUUUUUUGGUUGUUGUUGUUGAGUCUGCUCCAAGAUUCAACAUCUAAAAACCAGACCUGGCCACAUCAAUACUGGACGAUCCUCACACUGCAAACACACAUCAUUAUCAAGCUUUACUUAACACACAGUCAUUAAACAAUAGUGUGUAUACACAUCUGUGCUACAGAGCACCAUGCAAUGAAACACACAGGUGGGCACAGAUUAGACAGAACAGUGCCUGGAGAAUGAGUUCAUGUGCUCUAGGAAUGUUUGGAUGAAGAGGUGGACCGCCACAGUGUUUCUCAUCUGAAAUACAAAGGCUAGGUUCGCACAGCUGACGCUUAGAGCGACGUCCAGAUGUGGUGGCAACAUGAUCAUUCACCCCCUGGACUGAUGGGCAGAAACUACCAUGAGUGAAAAAUAUGUACAUGUGCCGUUACACGAUCAACGUAUUCCUAUUUUAAUGACACUUUUGAUUUUGUUCAAGAAAUGUUUUUUUUUUUUUUUUUUUUUUUAACAUUAGUAUUUUACCCAUUUAUUAUCCCUGACUUGAUGCAUUUCCAUAGGAUUCUUUCAGGAAUAUUUGAUUGUCUCAAAGGUGACAAACCUGGAAUUCCUCAGGAGAUGUUGGGACUUCACAUUCCAAGUUUUUUGUUUCUUUUGCAGACAAUGUAGAGACAAUGCAACUUCAUUUGCACAAACGUGUUCAUGAAACAACAAGGUUAGCUCUAUACACUCCCAUCCCCACACACACAACCCCUGACCACAUCCAUAUGCUCACAUGACCCCUGACCACGCCCCUACGCUCACACAUGACCCCUGACCACGCCCAUACACUCACACACAACCCCUGACCACGCUCACACGACCACUGACCACACCCAUACGCUCACACACAACCCCUGACCACACCUAUACACUCACACACUACCCCUGACCACGCCCAUACACUCACACACGACCACUGACCACGCCCAUACGCUCUCACACAACCCAUGACCACACCUAUACGCACACACACUACCCCUGACCACACCCAUACGCACACACACUACCCCUGACCACACCCAUACGCUCACACAUUACCCCUGUCCACACCCAUAUACUCACACACUACCCCUGUCCACACCCAUACGCUCACACACUACCCCUGACCACACCCAUACGCUCACACACUACCCCUGACCACACCCAUACGCUCACACACAACCCCUGACCACACCCAUACGCUCACACACAACCCCUGACCACACCCAUACGCUCACACACAACCCCUGACCACACCCAUACGCUCACACACAACCCCUGACCACACCCAUACGCUCACACACAACCCCUGACCACACCCAUACGCUCACACACAACCCCUGACCACGCCCAUAAAUUUCCUAAGGCCUGCCCAUUGCCCAGGAUUCUAAGCACUCACCUACUCAAGACACAUUUGCUAUUUGCUGACACAAAAACUGAUAACACUCGACUGCUCCAUUGUGUGGCCACAACACACCCAGCUUCCUCAGAAACUGAAAAUGCCCCAUAUUUCCAUUGCUUGCCUACUCUCAUGGACGCAGACUGCACCCAGAGACACUUUACUGUAUCCAUCCAGAAACUGACCACGCUCAUCUACUUUCAGCAGAAACUCUGACUUUCUGACCCUGUGCGUGUCCACAUUUUGUCUUCAGACUAAAUUCUGUCACAGUAAUUCCUCUAUGCCAUAAGAUCAGAUCUACAGACGAGCUCUACUAAUCUAUAACUUUGAAUCUCAUCUUCCAGAACAAGUGUUAACACUUUUAAUGUACUAUAAUGUACUACAUUACAUUUGAGGUUCCCAAUUUCACACCUUUCACUUUAAGUAGGUGUUUGAGUCACCACUGUGAGCAGUAACAUUUAUUCUGCCUCGUUAAGGAGCUACAGUGGAUCUGCACGUCUAAAGAAAGGCAGUACAGACAGACACAGACAGGUGGAGCAUGCGGGGGUGUCGUCCCUGUCUUGCUCUUCUCUUUCUGCUGAGUAAGUGACACGAAAAGAGCAGCACACAGUUACAGACGGAUCAGGACGCACACUCGUUUCUUCAGCGUUUAUUUAAACAGGUCCUUUACCCAGAUUUGGUUUGGUACUCAGUACUCAGGAGGAAAACCUGGGGCUAUAAGCUAGAAUUAGUGAGCUUUCAUUCGUUUAGGAUGUUUAAAUAUUCCAAUAUGAAGUCUUCUUCAAGGCCAGUUAUGAAUAAUACCAUUUAAUUAUUUUAUAUAACAAAAUCCCUUUCCGAUCUAAUUGUGUUUUGAUCUGAAAUUCAAUUUUGUGGUUUGCAAAAGUGCAAGUUUAAUUUAGUGAAACUAAAUUUAAAAAGCAUUUAGUCUAACUUGCAUUUCAAUUCAAAUUUCUAUUAGCCUAAUUCUUAUGCCUUAACUAGCGCUUUACUACAUGUUUAUAAAUCAUUCCCUGAGAGUAAGAAACCUCCAAAUUCAGAAGAUUUCCAGGUCCCUCAUGUGUCCUCUAAUCAUAAAAGCAAUGAUGUUUGUAAAGCGGUUCAGGGAGCUGAUGGCUAAUUAUUUUCCUAAAUGAAAUGUCAGUAUUUGCCAGCGCUUCAGCAGUGUAUAUGACCCUAGUGUAUAUGACCCUAUUACUUCUAUUGAAUGUUAUGUGCCUUUGUCAUUCAGGACACUACAGAGAUCUAACACCUGCCAGAUGGUGCAUCAUGACAGCUUUGCCGCUGCAAGGUUGCGUACGUGAAAUAAACAGGACGUGACUAAUAUCUGUCAAAAUAGACGUCUCCAUACUGGUUUUAACGCCGACUCUCAGACUUUCUCUCCAUAUGUCCUAACGGGUUUGCUCGAGUAAAGCUCCAGCAAGUCCUGUUUAAUCCUGAGAGCUUACUUUAGCAUGGCGGUAGAUGUAGUUUUAGUUUGUUUUGAAUAAAUAAUAUCCCGACAUGCGUGAACAGAUCGUACUCCUUGCUUCCUGUUGUAACGCAAGUGGCCACUUUAUAUAGUGACGCAGUUACUAUACACUUCUUGCACAAUGGUGAGGAGAAGUCGGUGACGAGGUGUUAAAUCCCAGUACUGAAACUAGGGUUUGGAUGACUAUGAUGUCAGUAUCGCAGCAUAUUGACGUCAUGCUGUACGUCUGGCUGUCACAUGCUUCAUCAGAUAUCCAGAAACUCUGUAGUUACUCGCUGUAACAAGGAACCAUACAGACAUUUUUGUUGUCGUUUCAUUUUCCCUGGAUUAGACGCUUCCAAUUUUGUACAUUUUGUAAUGUUUUCAUUUUUGUAAAUAUUUAAAAAUGUGUGAACUUCGUGUGGAUGCUUUGUUAGACGAACGUCAGCAGAAUUCUGUUACGAUCAUACAGUUAUUUGUGAAAAAGUAUCAUGGUACAUAAUAUUUACACCUGGUCUGCAUAGAUACGCCAAGGUUGUUGGGUCACCUCAGCAAAGACGAUGACCUUGUUUUUCUUUUUCUUUCUUUCUACAUAUUUUGAGGUGAAAUCGUAAUGAAAGUGUUUUCUCCUGAUUGCGAUGAGACCGGACUCUUUAUACCACUGUUUCCGUUAUUUUAUUUGUAUUUCCAUGUCCUUUGUCAAAAAAUCACUCCUUGUACCACUUUGUGCUUUUUACUAGUCCUGAUCAAACGGGUCGAUACUGUAAUGAGAAAAACGAACACUUUAAACGUUAAUCCAGAGAAAAGAGACGAAACCCGCCUUCACUGACUAGUCCACUCGGUUUUAUGUUAAAAAAAAACAACUACAAGAUGCUUGGCUACACAAAUGUGUAUUUCCAUGCUGUGGGGUCGUUUUCAUAUGUAGGUAGUAAAAGUUACAAAGUUUCCAGAGAAACAGGAUGUUUAGUAUAAAAGUCCUUCAUCAGACACUAGCAGAGCGAGAUGCUUUUUUGCUUUAGUCCAAAACAUCCAGGUUUUGUAGCUAUUAUUGCAUAUAAAUACACUGCAGUAUGUAUUUGUGUGUACACACACACUUUUUGAAAUAACAUAGGAAAGACGUUCUCCAGCUUUCAGCAAGUCUCAAACUACUCAUAUUGAUUUGUUUAAAGAGGAUGAAAUUAUCUGGGAAAUUCCACCUUCUGUUGUGAUGCAUCAUUUACAGUUUUAAGUGUGUUUACAGUAAUUAAAACAAGCAAAUAUUUCAUCCUUACGUAUACUUUUCUUCCCAACGUGGUUAAUCCUUCAGUGCAACCACAAAGCAUCUCAUUCAGGAGGUCUGUUAGUCACACAAGUUCAAUAUGGAACAUUUUUAUUCACCACAUUGACUUUGUGGUAUUAUGCACCUUACCUCCUUAAUCAACCCCAACUUUUUUUUUCCCCCCUAAUGUUCUAUAGAAAAUGCUUUGCUUCCAUUUCCUUUGCAUGGAGGAGGAGUGGAAGUUGUUUAUAUCGACUUAAAGUGCCACUUGUACUAAAGUUAGCAUUUAAAGUCUAGAUUUUCAUAUCAUGGGCCAUGUAAUGUUACUGCAUUUAGUAAAUAAAACGUAUUACCAAA